GUCAAUUGUUUUCUUGCUAAAUCCAAAAGUACAGAAAUAAACAUUUGGACGCGGAAAUAUCCUCUAUGAGGUAAAAAAGUGCCGAUAACUCCGUGCAGUGACAUUCGAGGCAUCGGAAAACGUGCUUAAAUGUGAUAAGAACGCAUUUAUAACCAAAAUUUAGCGAGCAGAAACAAACACGAAAAUUUUACUACGUCAAAUCCCGUCUGCUGGAUAGGCAUACGAGCAAGAAAAAACGCGAAACGCAUCAAAAGCACAAUGUCAGACCAGGAUAUAGUGUGCGAGGUCGAAGUGCCUGGCGCAAACGAAGACGUAAUCGACCAAUUUAGCACGAUGUACGAAGUAGUAGUGGCCGACGACGAUCAAUACGAGGAAGUGGUGUGCGAAACAGAGGAUUCACAGGAUUUAUUGUUGCAAUCUGUCGACGACCAGGAGAUAAUGUUGCAUUCGGACAUCGAUUUGCACCAUUCGGAAGAGGUUCUCGAUGCCGCCGACGAUCCGAUGCACGUCUACGAAGGUAUUCCGCUGCCAAAUAGCAUUUAUUUGGAGCCGCCGCCUUCGUCGUUGCCCGCAAUGUCACCGAUGUCGACAGCAAAUAUGCAAUCACACUUGGGCGGCAAUCAGAGCAGUAGCGGAAAAAGCAAGAAACGACAGAAGAAGAACAGCAUCGUGGAACAAAGCAACGCCGUCUUGAUGAGCAACGAUGAUUUGAGUGUCGGAGGCACAAUGACGACAACAACAACCGGCAAAAGUGGCAAAUCGCGUCAUUGGGCACAGAAGAAAGUACAAAUAAAAACGAUGGAGGGCGAGUUUAGUGUCGUAAUGUGGGCAGCUGGAGCCGACGACGACACUUCCAAUCCCGAGCCCGACGAUCCCGAUUACACGGAAUACAUGACAAGUCAGAAAAUUGCUCAGGACAGUCCGAUCGGACUCGAUUUAUCGGAUCCCAAACAGUUGGCGCAACUCGCACAACCCACACAAAAGAUCAAACUGAGUAAAGAUUCGCUAAAUAACACCUCGUCCUCCCUCCUUUCGGGCAGCAGCAACAACACACUAAAUGCCGGAAGCGGCGGCUUGAGCACCAACACCUCAGAUCGGAAUAUCGCGUGUCCCCACAAAGGAUGCAACAAGCUAUUUCGUGAUAAUUCGGCGCUGCGCAAGCAUCUCCACACGCAUGGACCGCGAGUUCACGUGUGCGCCGAAUGCGGCAAAGCCUUCGUCGAGAGCAGCAAACUCAAGCGACACCAGCUGGUGCACACGGGCGAAAAACCCUUCCAAUGCACCUUCGAGGGAUGCGGCAAACGCUUUUCGCUCGACUUCAAUUUACGCACACACGUGCGAAUUCACACCGGAGAUCGUCCCUAUGUGUGUCCCUUUGACGGCUGCAACAAGAAAUUCGCGCAAUCCACCAACUUGAAAAGUCACAUCUUGACGCACGCCAAGGCGAAACGAAAUAACUCGGCGAGCAGUAGUAGCUCCAACAUUGCCCCCACGCCGCUGCACGAAUUCAUCAAGCAGGAGUCCGUGGACAUUGACGACACCGAUCAAUCUUAUCUGGGAUACGCCGACUAAAAUGCCGCGUUUAUUCGUAUUUAUUAUACAUUAAAUGAAAAAAAAAAUUAUAAAUAUAUAUAUUUAGAUUGACUCACGUUCUCUUUAGAUGCGCUUACAGUGCAGCGAUGUUUUGAAGUAACAUUAUGAAAUUUCUGAUUAUUUUAGAAAGAUAAUUAAAUAUUGUAUUGAUGUAAGAAUUAGCAGGAAAUGGAGAAAUAUUUUCAAUAAAACGUAUGAAUAAAAUGUAAUA